GAGCGUUACUUGCCUGGUGUUGGACGCUCUACUGUUAAAGCAUUGCUUCGGCGUGAGGUGCUUCAUGUUCUUGCCACGGAACCGAAGCCUUUUAGCAAGAUCGAAUGCCUGCUCCCGGAUAGCGAACUUUUUGCUGGACUUUCGGUGGAAGAAGCCGCUAAAAGUGUCGGAGAUUUCAGGUAG